AUGAGACUUUGGCCCUUUGAACCGUUCAGAGCCUCGCGAUUGCCCAAAGGCGAGUAUGCAUUCAAGCAGGGAACCCCGGCAGAUUCAGAUGGAUAUGAGAGCAUAUUAGAAAUUGGUGUGUUAUCACAAUCGAAUUUGGUUAUAGUGCUAACCGAGACUCGAGUUCUGGUCUAUAACGCAAAGCCAAUGGCCCUAGUUGCAUGCCACGAGCGGACAAACGAAUCGGUGGAAAAGUUUGGGCUGAAUAAGAAGAUGUAUAACAAUAUGCACUAUGGAACCCUGCUCGAUGAAGUUGUCACCAAAGAAAACCAUAAGUCAUUCAACGUUGAAACAAAGGGUGUGUUCUUCUAUAUUAUGACAAGCGAUAAUUUCCUGCUGGUCUACCAGGUUCUCGCGGGGAUUGAUGGUUUCUCCGUGUACACGGAUUAUGGGGUGGCCUGUGAUCGUGAAAGACACCAUUUACUCGAAAAGAGGCCAUUUAUUGGGGAUGAAAGUACCUCCAGCGUUCUCACAGUAUUUGACAAAAACGAUGGUAGAACAGCGAUCCAGAAUGGAUACGUUACUGGCAAGACCCGAGGAUUUUUUGAGUUCUGGAAGGGCACUGGGAGUGCCAACGAAGAACUCCCUGUCAAGAAGCACGAACUGCGUUUAAGGGUAGUGUUAAAAUUUGACUACCCAAUUCAUGAUAUGUUCGGCGCAUAUUCAAUUGAUUCAACUGAUGAGGAAGAAGGGCAGUUCAUGGUUUUGCUACUAUCAGACGGGGUCAAGCACCUGCAUCUUUCCGACUUUAAGCUAAAUAAAAGUUCGUUGAUUGAGAUUAAGCAUGGGCAUCAUAUGGUUCUCCAUAAUGGGGACUUAUUUGUGGCAGCGCAAGAUGCAGAGUACAAAGUUAGUAUUAACCGGGUGUCGUUAGGUUCUCAGGAGAUCCAUACAGACGAUGUGCCCACUUCGCCAGCAUCUGAACUAAUCGCAGUAUAUGCUAUAUACGAUAUUCUUGUUUUAGCAUACGAAAGUGAACUGUUACAUUACAAUGUUAAGUCGAAAACCAUUAAGCGCUCCAAACUCUCCUUAAAAAUUAGGAGGUGCCACAAGGAGGAAGAUUUGCUUAUUCUAUUAACCCAGGAUAAUCGCAUUUGUAUAUCUACAAUCUAUGGUAAUAUCCUCUUUUCAUCCGACUUUGAUAUGAAUGGCAAGUCUUUAGCAUGUACCAGCCUCAACUGUUUUGACAACACUAUACUUAUAGGUUCAGCGGAUGGCCACCUGAUUACCUGGCCAAUGUGGCAGGAGAUAAGCAACCAGUCAAUUGAUUUCAAGCAUGACACACCAUUAAUACUUUGCAAUAAACACAAUGAUCUGAUGAUAUCAUCCCCAUUGAAUUGUCCCACGUUGGAACAAAAUCUGAUGCAAGUAAUCAGUCUCCCUUUAAAAGAACUAAAUAACCAUAUUUUGGCUGCAAGGCUUAAUGGACCUCAAAACCUCCUGGCUGUCUAUAUUAGCAAUAGGAAUAUUCUGCUUUUGCAUUUUCUUCAUUCCAACAGAUGGAAGAUCUUCCAUGACGUGACAAUACUUGAAAUAGUCUGGCUUGGAAACCAUUUCCUACUUUGCCAUAUGGCUAACAAUGAGGGUGACGAGUGGUUACAGUGCUAUCAGUUUUCUCAAAAAGCAGGCCCAUCUGAAGACCUCGAGGAGUAUUCAGUCUGGAGAUGGGAGAUACCUUACGAGUCAAAACUACAGAAUAUAUUCGUCACUACGUGUCCAACAUUGAAACCACUAAAAGUUAAAAGCAAGACUUCAGAUGAAUCUGGCCUGACACUAUUCAAGACGGCAGAGUUAUUACUUCUUUGCGAAGAUGGCUCCUAUACAGUUUUUGACGUCAUCUCUUUUCUACAUCCAGCAGGCGUUGAAACAAUCAAACGGUUUCAUCAAAGCAAGCGUCACAAGUUGCCAGAAGAAGUGUCAAGCAAUGUUCGCUGGCUCCUACCUUGGAAAGGUCAGCUAUUGGUGCUAGACGGCGACACUCUCUAUCGUGUUGGAACUCAAGAUGAACAGGGCUACGCAAAUACCUCGGUUAUAAUGGAUUCCGUAGAGCGGGUGAUAGACUGCACUGGUGAAACCAUCUCCGUUCUUACUGGAAAUCAGCUAUCAAUUUUCACAGUGGAAGAACUAGCCAACAAAGAUACUCCCCAGGCCACGGUGCCAGUGUCCGAAGAUGAAUAUCCAGUUUUUGUGAAUCCCAGUAUGGCCCUUGUCUAUAAUGUCCAGUGUUCCUAUCGGGACCACGUAACGAAGAUGGCAUUGGAUCAGCAUAUUUACCUUGACCAAGUGAUCUCCAGACUCCUAGAAAAGGGCCUUCCGGGAAUCGAAAUCCACGAGCAGUACAGCAUGUUAAGACACUAUCCAUUUGUCCUGGAAAAGGUUCUGUCCACCGAUGUUCUUGCUAAUCGGCCACUGGCGCCCAUUCUUCAGCUCAUCGAUAUCUAUGACGAGGCCCCUCCCAAUAAGGCCAGCUGGAAGAUGGAGAUCGUUAGUAACUGUCUCCGCAAGAUCGAAACCAAGCACUGGGACUACCUGUUCGAGCAAUUGGGACUCACGCCGAUGGAAUUGCUGGUGCAGUGCACAGAAAACGGCGAAACCAAGAUUCUGGGAAUGCUGCUCAUGGUCUUCUUAAACUACGACGAAACAAGCACCGGUACCGCGGCCGUGAAACCUGUAGCCCCGAAGGCAGAUAUCCCUCUUAAUACAGACAAAAAUGGCCACCUGGCAGUUGACAACGCAGUCAACUCGCCUAUUUCCGCAGCGCUGCAAUACGAGGGCCUCAUACAGAAGGUAUUGAAGGUCAUCGUCACCUCAGCAGGUAGCGCUCUUACUCCUCUCGAAGCACAAGAGUACUGGGAUAUGGCGCUUCAAAUCAUGCGCUUCGUCAAAGCUCUGGACAAGCAGAACGGGAGUACGCUGGUCGAAGACUGUCUGCAGCAGUUAUAA